AACACGGAAGUCACGGCGGCGACGCACAAUUUUACACUCUAUGCGACGCACAUAGCUAUGAUAGCGACAAGGUUUAUUUUUCAACACCUUUAUUGGAUAAACAUGCCAGGAAUAUAUCUUACGCUAGUGAACUGACUCGCAAACCAGACAAUAAUGUUUGGGAAUUCAUACAGAAAUGAGUACCAAGCUCUUCCUCAGAAAGACUCGGCCCAUGUUACAUUAACAGGACCUGGGUUGUUCUCAAGUGACUUGGAGCGAGCCCAUUAUGGCCAGAAGGGUCACUCCUUUGAUUACGUUCCCAGAAUCACCAACAAUGACUUCACAGACAGAAGUCAAGGAUGCCUGUCUCGAUUGUGUCACUUGAUUGUCAUUUUCCUGGUGUCGUUAUGCACCUUCAUAACCUUACCUGUGUCGGGAUGGUUUGUUCUCAAAACCGUGCCCAACUACGAGAGGAUUGUUUUCUUCCGUCUGGGUCGAAUUCGCCCCCCUAAAGGUCCCGGGGUAGUUCUGAUCCUGCCUCUGAUUGAUCAGUGGCAACGGGUAGACCUUCGAACCAGAGCAUUCAAUAUACCGCCAUGCAAGGUAACUACUCGAGAUGGAGGGCUGGUGUCAAUGGGAGCUGACAUUCAGUUUCGAAUCUGGAAUCCCGUAAUGUCUGUGGUGGCGAUGCAGGACCUGAACUCUUCCACCAGGCUCACGGCGCAGAAUGCCAUGACCCAGAGCAUAAGCAAGAAGACGGUCAGGGAGAUCCAGACAGAGAGGCUCAAAAUGGGGGACUACCUAGGGAUGGACAUCAACGAGUUGACCAAGCCGUGGGGUCUGGAGGUGGACCGCGUGGAGCUCACCCUGGAGUCUGUUCUGAAGGGCCCAGAUGGGGUCACCCACCCAGGCCCCCUGGCAGUGCCCUCCUCGGCCGCUGUGCCAGGGCUGGAGGGCAUCCCCGGGUUGGAGGGCAUCGGCGGGCCCAUACAGCAGCUAGCCAUGCAGUUCCUAGGCAACAUGAGUAAUAUGGCCCAGUGUCGCCAAGAUAGCGCAGCAGUAACCAUAGUGGACGAGGUGGACGAGCUGACAUCUGAGCGCGCUCCCCAGGGACACAUGAGCAGCGCUGAGGAGCUGCUGUCGGCCGUAAAACCGGUGCUGUCAGAAAGACUGGUCCAGACGGUGGGAGCCUGCUACCAGUUCAACAUCAGCUCCAGCAGUGGCCAGACCAGCACCUACUACCUGGACCUGAGCCAAGGCAGUGGUGUGUGGGGCUGGUGCCCCAGCGCUGGCAGCAGACGUGGUCCUCACCCUCAGUGAGGCAGACCUGCUGGCCAUGUUCCAGGGCCAGCUGAAGCCCCUGGCCGCUUACGCCUGCGGCAGGCUUGGGGUGGAGGGCGACGUGAGUGUGGCCAUGAGGCUGGAGGAGCUCGUCAGGGCCGUCAGAGGAGCCUCACACUCCUGAUUACACACAGGGCAAAUGCGCACAUAAUUAUGUGUGUGUCAUUUGUAAUAAUAAUUAAGAGAAUGGUUGGUAACACUUUAUUUGGCUAGUCCAUCUACACAGACUUUGCAAAUGGUUUGCAUUGAAUUCCAGUCUCCUUAAUUCUUCACUGAACAGCACCUUUCCCAAACCCAACCCCUAACUUUAACCAUAAAUUGUAAACAACAGAGUUUCAAGCAGUUUGUUGAUAAUCAGAGGAUCUGUACAGAUACGAUCCAACAGAGUUUCAAGCAGUUAGUUGAUAAUCAGAGGAUCUGUACAGAUAUGAUCUCAUCACAAUAUCAGAGUGACCAAUUUUGGCCUAAAAGUUAGUACACUCCUUGUUUUCUAAUACAUGUUAGUGGUGGAAAAUUACACUCUGGAGACCAAAAAACAUUGGUCAACAGAUAUAAGAUAUGUAUGGUUACCUUAGGUUUAGCAUCAAUAACUCUGAUUCAGCAGGUAGGGGUGUUCUCUACAGAUAAUCAGCAUAUGCAGUCUGUAAAUGAUUUGCUAGAUUUUUGAACCAGUCGGCAUCAGGAUGCUAUGGUCAUCUUGGGUAGCUGGGAUAUGGAAAAGACAUCUGAUUAAUCUGAUGAGUUCCCCACUUUCUGCCUUCUCAGGUAAUUAGAGAGGCAAUUGAUUUGCCUCGUUUGUAGAAAAUGCAUACAUUUCCAAUCUCCUGAAAAAACAGUCUUUAUAGUCUGUGUUGUGUUUCAAUGUCAGUGUUGUCCGUGGUUGACUUGUGAGUGUGUAUUUAUUGAUUUAAAUGACUGAUGACUAAUGCAUUCAUUCUGGGUGCCUUUUUUUGCAGUGAGAUGUUUUACAUGUGAGAGUGUUCUAUGUCAAUUUUAAUAAUUUUAAUAAUAAAAAUAUUAAUAAUAAAUG